AUUUUUUCUUUUUAUUACGAGCUUAACGAAAAUCGAUUUUUCACAGUGGCCCAAAAUUAUGCGAUAUAUUUUAUACAAAAAUUUACACAAUCUUACUGGUCUAGAAAACUUGAAUUUAGGUUCCUGUUCAGGAGGCUGGCGGACGUCCGAAUUCGAUAGAUGUUUGUUAGAAAGCAUAGCAAAAAUGAAGCAUUUGAAGUCAUUGUGUCUGUGCUUCGACAGCACAGAUAUCAUAGUCCAAACAGUAGGUGAUAAUUGCCAACAGAUCCAAUGUCUCGAUCUCACUUCUUCAGGCUCCGUAACCGACAGAUGUAUACCUUUUUUAUUGAAAUGUAGGCAUUUAAAAGAGCUACAACUGCACAGAACCUCAGUGACGACUGAAGGUUUAGCUCAGUUGAUCGUAGGACUUCCAAAGUUACAAGAUAUCGGUCGAUGUGACGAUUUCGGAAAAGUGAUAAAAUAUCUAUAUCAUAAAUUUCCCAGUGAAGGUCCUUUCGAGUUGAGGAAGAUACAGACGAGGGAUAUUAGCACCGAAAACUUGAGAUUGUUGGUAGAUAUGUUUCCUAAAAUUGAGUACGUGAGCUUAUUUCACGACGUACAGAUUUCUGAUUUAACAGUUUUGAUAUCGUUGGACAAUUUGAAAGACUUGAAGUUGCUUUUUUGUGCUUUUUACGGAGAUUACCUGAAGCAACUUCUAGGAAUUAGAGGUACUAAUAUAACUAGUCUUCAUUUGGAGCAUGUGGAAGAAAUGGACUAUAAAGUAUUGAUUGAUAUUAGCCAGUUAUGUCCCCAGUUGAAAAAGUUGGUGCGUUACAAUUGUGAUUUCCGCAACAGUGUAGUACCGUACCACAAAUUAAAAGUACAACCGUUUAUAGAUCUGGAAAGGAUCUUCUGGGUCGUAGAUAGUGCCGUGAGUCAUCUGGAAUUCAUCUUGAAUCAUGCCUACAACAUUCGUUACAUUCAUUUGGGUUCUUCCACUGGAAUCACACAUGCGGUGAUGGUAAAAGUCUUGAAUACUAACCCCAUGAAGUGGCUUGAAGAGUUGAGGGUGCUGUACAGCAGUGACAUGAACAUGAGGACUGUAGAAUUACUAAUGGCCAGUUGUACGAACUUGAAGGUUUUAUCGGAGUUAGAAAGUUGGCAGGGCAUUACUUUAGAACAGCUACAUACCUUUAAACAAUAUAUACGCUCCAAUAAUUUUAAUUUGGACAUCAGUCCUACAUUAUCAUUUACCACAUAAGCUUGCUCCUUUAUACUAAAGUGCAUAUAUAUUUUUAUAUGAAAUGAUCUGGUUAUACUGAUUGAUUUAGAUAUAUUUCUUUCUAAAAGAGUCUGAUUUUGAUUAACUCCAAACGUGCGAGUACCACUUUAAUGGUGUCUAAUUUAAAAUAUUCAUUAUAAAUAAAGAAAUAUUUAAACAUUUUGUCUUUUUAUUACGAGCUUAACGAAGUUCGAUUUUUCACAGUGGCCCAAAAUUAUGCGAUAUAUUUUAUAUAGAAAUUUACAUAAUCUUACUGGUCUAGAAAAUUUGAAUUUAGGU